AUGGACUGUGAGGAUAGAUUCUUCGGAUCGUCCUGUGAUGACUGCUCUGCCGGUUGUACCAAUCGUGUCUGUGACAAAAUAUCCGGAUAUUGUAGUCCUUGCUUCAACGGCUUCUAUGGGGUUAAGUGUGAUCGGCUAUGUUUCUCAAAUUGUGAAAACAACACAUGCACACAAAAUGAAGGGAAAUGUACAGCAUGCAAACCUGGAUAUUUUGGUGAUAUCUGCAACACAAGCUGCCCGUCCAAUUGUAAAGGGGAUAUAUGUCAUCAGACCAGUGGGCUAUGUACAGACUGUAAGGAUGGGUUCUUCGGAAAGUUCUGUGAUGUCUGCUCUGUUGGUUGUACCAAUCAUGUCUGUGACAAAGUAUCCGGAUAUUGUAGUCCAUGCAGACUUGGAUAUUUUGGUGGUACCUGCAACACCAGCUGCCCGUCCAAUUGCAAAGGGGAUACAUGUAAUCAAACCAGUGGGUUAUGUACAGCAUGCAAACCUAGAUAUUAUGGUGAUACCUGCACCAUUAGCUGCCCUUCCAAUUGUAAAGGGAAUACAUGUAAUCAAACCAGUGGUUUAUGUACAGUGUGUGUAGCCGGAUUCUAUGGCAGCAAAUGUUUGAAGUCGUGUGGCAAUUGUCAAGGUGUGAGUUGUGACAAGGGCUAUGGAGACUGUACGACAGGGUGUACAGAUGGAUGGACUGGAAACAAAUGUGACAACAAGGUGGUAAUCAUAACGAAUGGGGACUCCGCAGUGGGGAUAGGCAUCGGAUCCGGAGUGGUUAUACUGGCUCUGGUCAUAGUGAUAAUUGUACUGGUCAGACGUCUGACGAUGAAGCGCAGUGAUAUCACAGGGCCUUCUCAUAUGACAGAUAUAUCAUUGUCGAAAACUGCGAAAGAGCUCAAAAAACAGCAAGAUAAUACCUACGACGAAAUAGCAACUUACAACAAAGAACAAACCAUUGCGCAGAUUUCACACAAUGAGGCAACUUAUGAACAGCUUGGACGCAGGGAGGUGGAAAUUCCACAUAUAUACGAAACAACAGAUGUUGACAAGAAAACAUAGGAAAAUGGUUCCUGAAAGCUGCACAGUUUCAUCCUUGAACUCAACGUACCCAUGUUCCUGUAACUAAAUUACCCUCAUAUAAAAUUUGUUUGAUUAACUCGUGUCAUAACUAAACAGAAUAGUACGUAGGUGAUGAACAUCGACAGUGCUGUGGAUUAUUUUUGUUCAGUUGUCAAUUCUUGUGUGAUGUUUACAUUGCCACAAUAUCUGAAUGUCACUUUUGUGAACCAAAGCAUGUAUCGUGUAUGCACUCAUUAUUAAGGUAAAUU